UUUUACCUUAUCUUCGUAAAGCCUGGCAGUCCGCAACACCAUUGUGUUCACGCCGUACAAAAGUGACAAAAACAUGAAAUCCAUAUACAUUGUCGGCAUAAUCAUACUUAUGGCAGAAACAGAGUGUUUUAUUCAAGACACCACGAGCAUUAAAAUUUUAGAGGAACAAAGGACACUCUUAAGAAAAUUGCAAAAUUUCCAAGAUCCGAAAGAUGAGAAACCUUUGACGUGGAACGAGAUGCUCGCAGACGUAUUAGUGAACAGAAUAAAGAUAUUAUCAUUCAACAAAGUGAACGAAAACGAAAUAAUCGAAGAUAGUAAACCAUCAAAGGCGAAAAACUUUAUAAGGUCGUACUUCAGUGAGGUGAUGUUGUUAUUUAAGAAUUGUAUUUACGAUAAAUUCGUGACGAAAUACGAAGAACCAGAUUAUAAGGAGGAAGAUUUAGGAACUGAUGCACCUGAAGUUUUUAUUACUGAUGAUAUUGACAGUUUAAAUGAUGAUGUGGAACUCAUAGAACCGAAGUAUCAUGGGAAACAAAUUGUUGUUGAACCAGAAGGAGCUGAAGACAAGGCUAUAGUUGGCUGUCCUGAAGGAACUGAGAAGGAUGAUAAAGGGAACUGUGUGAAGGCACAUUCUCGGCUGCUCAUAGCAGUGCCGAGUCAAUGCCCGAUGGGGUACAGACGAGAUAGAUUAGGAUUCUGUAGAGCUGUGUUCUCUUUUUAGCCCAAAAUUGUAAACGUCAUUUGUGGCAGUGAAAUAUAUGUGAUACUCAUUUAAUAUUAGUCUUAAAUUAUUUAGUGAAAGUAAGUGAUUAGUGUUAAACAAAUAUAGUGACGAAUGUGCUACCGUUUGCGUCAUUAAAAUUUAUCUUUUUCAAACAAACAAGCGAAAUGUUUACACCGUCAAUCUUGCUUAAAAAUGUGAAAUAUUUUUGAUAUGAAACUUCCUGAAUAACAGAGAUAAAAUACA